AUGGCCCUGGGCGCCCACGGCUACCUGCGUCAGCACGGCGCCCUGCCUGCCCCCGCCGGGGACUGCCACAGCCACCUCGGGCCCAUCGGUCCUGCCCGGAAGGCCUUCUACAGGCACCUCCUGAACGUCACCUGGGAGGGCCGAGACUUCUCCUUCAGCCCCGGUGGGUACCUGGUCCAGCCCACCAUGGUUGUGAUUGCCCUCAACCGGCACCGCCUUUGGGAGAUGGUGGGGCGCUGGGAUCACGGUGUCCUCUAUAUGAAGUACCCGGUGUGGCCUCGAUACAGUGUCUCUCUGCAGCCUGUAGUGGAUAGCCGGCACCUGACAGUGGCCACACUGGAAGAGCGGCCCUUUGUCAUUGUGGAGAGCCCUGACCCUGGCACAGGUGGCUGUGUACCCAACACUGUGCCCUGCCGCAGGCAGAGCAACCACACCUUCAGCAGUGGCGAAACAGCCCCCUACACCAAGCUCUGCUGUAAGGGCUUCUGCAUUGACAUCCUCAAGAAGCUGGCCAAGGUGGUCAAGUUCUCCUAUGACCUGUACCUGGUGACCAAUGGCAAGCACGGCAAGCGAGUGCACGGCGUGUGGAAUGGCAUGAUCGGGGAGGUGUACUAUAAGCGGGCAGACAUGGCCAUUGGCUCCCUCACCAUCAACGAGGAGCGCUCUGAAAUCGUGGACUUCUCUGUGCCCUUUGUGGAAACGGGCAUCAGUGUGAUGGUGGCCCGCAGCAACGGCACUGUCUCGCCUUCGGCCUUCCUGGAGCCCUACAGCCCAGCAGUGUGGGUGAUGAUGUUUGUCAUGUGCCUCACCGUGGUGGCGAUCACUGUCUUCAUGUUCGAGUACUUCAGCCCCGUCAGCUACAACCAGACCCUCACCAAGGGCAAGAAGCCUGGGGGUCCAUCCUUCACCAUUGGCAAGUCCGUGUGGCUGCUCUGGGCCCUGGUCUUCAACAACUCGGUGCCCAUCGAGAACCCCCGGGGUACCACCAGCAAGAUCAUGGUCCUGGUCUGGGCUUUCUUUGCCGUUAUCUUCCUUGCCAGCUACACUGCCAACCUGGCCGCCUUCAUGAUCCAGGAGCAGUACAUCGACACGGUGUCGGGCCUCAGUGACAAAAAGUUUCAGCGGCCUCAAGAUCAGUACCCGCCCUUCCGCUUUGGCACGGUGCCCAACGGCAGCACGGAGCGGAACAUCCGCAGCAACUACCGCGACAUGCACACCCACAUGGUCAAGUUCAACCAGCGCUCGGUGGAGGAUGCGCUCAGCAGCCUCAAGAUGGGGAAGCUGGACGCCUUCAUCUAUGAUGCUGCUGUCCUUAACUACAUGGCGGGCAAGGACGAGGGCUGCAAGCUGGUCACCAUUGGGUCUGGCAAGGUCUUCGCCACCACUGGCUAUGGCAUCGCCAUGCAGAAGGACUCCCACUGGAAGCGGGCCAUAGACCUGGCGCUCCUGCAGUUCCUGGGUGACGGAGAGACACAGAAACUGGAGACAGUGUGGCUCUCCGGGAUCUGCCAGAAUGAGAAGAACGAGGUGAUGAGCAGCAAGCUGGACAUCGACAACAUGGCUGGGGUCUUCUACAUGCUGCUGGUGGCCAUGGGGCUGGCCCUGCUGGUAUUCGCCUGGGAGCAUCUGGUCUACUGGAAGUUGCGCCACUCGGUUCCCAGCACGUCCCAGCUCGACUUUCUGCUGGCUUUCAGCAGGGGUAUCUACAGCUGCUUCGGCGGGGUGCAGAACCUCGCCAGCCCCGCCCGGCAGCCCAGCCCGGACCUCACUGCCGGUUUGCAGGGCAGCUCUGGGGCGAAGCUGCAGCAGUGCGCUGUCGACACUGCCGGCCCGAAGGAGGAGACGGCAGGGCUCUCCUGCAGCCUGGACCCGGUCUCUAAGAGCCAGCUUUUCUGUGGCCCUCGAUAG